CUUAUACAAGGUAUAUAAUAUGACCAGCCACUAAAAUGCAAGCGCAUGGACAGAUCAGAAAUCCUCGUCCACAUCUCGGCGCCAAGUAGCGCUGUCGACGAUGCCCGCUACCGCGCCCAGGUCGAGGCUAUUCUGAAUUUCCAGAGCCACUCUCGUGAGACUAUCACCCUCACAUCGCCAAUUCCAGAGGAAGCAGAUCCAAGAACAAUCAACGACCCGUCGCUUCUAGAUCAAGCUGCCCAACUGAAUGGGUCCCAGGGUGAUCGAACCUCGCUGGAGACGCCCGUCAGCGUCAUCCCGGACUCGCAGCCGGAACUUCAACAAUCAGGCACUCAGUGUGAGAGUCUGACUCUGCUUCCUGUCGCAGAAAAUACCAGCCUCUCUUCUUGUAUUCCUUCAAAACGCCCUCGAGUGGACUCACCGCCACCAGUCGAGAAUUCCCCGCAUGAAAACGUUCAGGGACUGCGCGAUAUUCCGGCAGGGGGUCGUAAUAUCAAUGUGGAACAUGCCAGCCCAACCAGCACCACCAACACCCUCGCUACCCCGGAAGAAGGACACGAAAAACAGGUUGAUGAAAACGGCAUCCAGCCACCUUCGGCGGAGCAAGUCGCUGGGCUAGAACCAGGCCCAGAACCGGACCCAGAAACAGAAGCAGAAGCAUCAUCUCCGCCAAAUGGCCGCAGAAAAGGCUAUUCUCCCAUCCUUCCCUCCCUUCCCCUAGAAAUCAGACCACCCCCACCCCCAAUCUCCUCAUCCCCCUUCACAACCCACAUCACCCCAACCCUAGAGAUGUUGAGCAACCGCCUCAAGUCCCCCCGGACAUACAACCCUGUCCUACAAACUCGGGACCUCGACAUCCUCGAACGCGGAUACUGGUAUCUCCGCCUGACUAUAGUGCCGAGAGCCGAAUCUGAGUUUGAGAACCAGAACCAGACGGCCGCAAGAACCAGUAGCAAGGUGCUAUGCUGGGACAAGCCCCUCUUCACCAGAUUCUGGACUUUCCUGUCUGACUUCAUCGGCAAAGAGGGUCGAGCUGGAUGGGGUGUCUGGUGUAUCCUCGAAGAACGGGAGCGGGAUUGGGAUCGUGAUGCGAGUGGGGAAGAUACAACAUCCGCAGAACCCAUUGUCGCCCAGUCCGUAUCUUUAAAAGUCUACGCCUGGGGCGAGAUCGCGACCCAUAUAUACCUCCUCCUGUUUCUGGCUAGCGAGCGGCGGGUUCGCAAAUUGGGUGCACAGUGGCGCGAUGGGCGAGAUGAGGUAGUUAUUCAGAUGCCCGAGUCUGGGAUGGGCAUGUAGCUAUAAUAUUAGCUAGACUAUAGUAUAAGCCAGACUUUUAAGCAUAUCUGUCUUACAAAUGC